AUGGUUUUGGGCAGUGAUGUGCAACAAGAUUUUGUUGCUGCAAGGCGCAAAAUUGGUGUCGUGCCCCAAGAGCUGGUAUUUGACCCCUUUUUUACUGUACGUGAAGCGCUGGUUUUCCAGUCAGGCUAUUUUGGUCUUGCCCAUAACGAUGCUUGGAUAGACGAGCUCUUGGAUGGGCUAGGGCUGGCGGAUAAGGCCAACACCAAUAUGCGCCAACUCUCUGGCGGCAUGAAGCGCCGCGCCUUGGUAGCCCAAGCACUGGUGCAUAAGCCUCCAGUGAUUGUGUUGGAUGAGCCUACUGCUGGUGUGGAUGUAGAGUUAAGACAAACGCUGUGGCGUUUUGUUUCGGGGCUCAAUAAAGCAGGGCAUACCGUUAUCUUGACCACACACUACUUGGAAGAAGCCGAGGCACUUUGCACCCGCUUGGCCAUGCUGAAAAACGGUCGGGUUGUGGCGAUGGAGCAAACCAGCGAUUUACUCAAAAGCUCCACCAGCAAUGUUUUGCACUUUAAGACCAAUUCUGAAAUUCCUCCCUCUUUGCGAGAGCGUGCGCGGGUGACGGGGCGCAUGGUUCAACUGCCAGUGCUAAGGACGCAAGACAUAGAGGAUGCGCUGGCAGCGUUGCGUGCGCAUGGUGCUGUGGUAGAAGACAUUGAGAUACGCAAAGCUGAUUUGGAGGAUAUUUUUCUAGAAAUUAUGCAUAAAAAUAGUCCUACCAACGCCAACUCUUUUUGUACCACUUCGGCAAAUUGGCUGCGGUAG